AUUUUCAGCCAACGCCGAAGUUUAUGGUAAGGGGUAAACUUGUGCUAGAGAAACUACCUGUGACGUAAUUGUUUGGCGAGUCUGAAGAGAGAAGAAAAGAAGACGAUUGUGUGAAGUGGUGAGUUCCUGGAUCGGUCGCUGCGACCAUGAUGCUAGAUUUGGGUCCGUUCUCGAACGAGAACUUCGACCCCAAGAAAUGGAUCAACUCGGCCUGUCAGAGUCGACACCCUCAGGACUCUUUGGACAAACACCUUGUGGACAUGGAGAUGAAGCUGCAGAUGGUGUCAGAGGAAAUCGCCGCGUCGCUCGAGGAGCAGAGCUCCGCCGCUCUCCUCCGUGUCCCCCGCGCCACUCGGGACGUCAUACGCCUCCGCGACGACGCCGUCUCUCUCCGUUCGGCUGUCUCCUCCAUCCUCCAGAAGCUCAAGAAGGCAGAGGGAUCGUCUGCUGAAUCUAUAGCAGCACUUGCUAAAGUCGACGUUGUCAAACAGAGGAUGGAAGCUGCAUAUGACACGUUGCAGGAUGCUGCGGGAUUAACUCAAUUGAGUUCGACUGUGGAGGAUGUAUUUGCCAGUGGAGAUCUUCCUCGUGCUGCAGAAACUCUAGCUAACAUGAGGCAUUGCUUGUCAGCAGUUGGGGAGGUUGCUGAAUUUGCCAACAUAAGAAAGCAACUCGAAGUCUUGGAGGAUAGGCUAGACACGAUGGUGCAGCCUCGUAUCACAGACGCGUUAUCUAAUCGCAAGGCCGAUGUUGCUCAAGAUUUACGGUCUAUUCUCAUUAGAAUUGGAAGGUUUAAGUCUCUGGAAUCACAAUAUAUAAAGGUUCAUCUGAAACCAAUUAAGCAGCUUUGGGAAGAUUUUGAUUCUAGAGAACGAGGUAAUAAGUCUGCUGUUGAGAAAAAUGAGAUGGAGAGGAUAUCCAGCAGUGGUGAUUUUCAUUCAGUUUCACCUGCAAUACCAUUCUCCACUUGGCUACCAAGCUUUUAUGACGAGCUACUGCUUUACCUUGAACAAGAGUGGAAAUGGUGCAUGGUUGCUUUUCCUGAAGAUUAUAAAACUCUUGUACCGAGGCUACUAAGUGAGACUAUGAUGACUAUAGGAACCAGCUUCCAAUCUCGUAUCAACAUUGCCAUUGGAGAUGCUGUUCCAGAAACAAAAGCACUGGCUAAAGGUUUACUAGAUACUUUAGCGUGCGAUAUGCAUAAAGGCAUUAAGAUUCAAACAAAGCAUCUUGAGGCCUUGAUUGAAUUGCACAACAUGACUGGGACCUUUGCGAGGAAUAUUCAACACUUAUUUUCUGUUUCUGAUAUCCGAGUUUUAAGGGAUGUGCUGAAAGCUGUGUACUUGCCUUACGAAUUGUUUAAACAGAGGUAUGGACAAAUGGAGCGCGCCAUCCUUUCCUCUGAGAUUGCCGGAGUAGACUUAAGAGGAGCUGUUAUUCGAGGGGUGGGAGCCCAAGGAGUUGAACUCAGUGAAACAGUUCGUAGGAUGGAGGAAUCUAUUCCUCAAAUAAUUAUACUUCUUGAAGCAGCUGCAGAGAGAUGCAUCAACUUCACUGGAGGUUCUGAGGCAGAUGAACUGAUUCUUGCCCUUGAUGACAUAAUGUUACAAUACAUUUCCUCUCUGCAAGAAACACUUAAGUCACUGCGAACUGUCUGUGGUGUGGAUUAUGGAAGUGAUGGUACUUUUAAGAAGGACACAGAGAAGAAGGAUGGAAACCAAAAUUCUCGGAGAGUUGAUUUGAUCUCAAAUGAGGAGGAAUGGUCCAUAGUCCAAGGGGCAUUGCAAAUCCUGACAGUUGCAGAUACUUUGACAAGCAGAUCUUCUGUAUUUGAAGCAUCUUUAAGAGCCACUCUUGCUAGAUUGAGCACAACCCUAUCUUUUUCUGCAUUUGGUUCAGCUCUAGACCAAAACCAGACUAUUAAUAAUAGUGUAGAAGGGGAACCAUCUUAUGGCGGAAGGGCUGCCUUGGAUAUGGCAACACUGCGGUUGGUUGAUGUGCCUGAGAAGGCCAGGAGACUCUUUAACCUUUUGAAUCAGUCUAAAGAUCCCCGAUUUCACGCCCUUCCCCUUGCAUCUCAAAGAGUUGCAGCAUUUGCAGACACGGUUAACGAACUUGUAUAUGAUGUCCUCAUAUCCAAAGUGCGGCAACGCCUCAGUGAUGUGUCCCGUAUGUCAAUUUGGUCAUCAGUUGAGGAACAAGGAAACUUUCCUCUCCCUACGUUCAGUGCAUAUCCACAGUCCUAUGUUACUAGUGUUGGUGAAUAUCUUCUUACUUUACCCCAACAACUGGAGCCACUUGCUGAGGGAAUUAACAAUGAAGUCAAUGAUGAAGCGCAGUUCUUUGCAACUGAAUGGAUGUUCAAGGUUGCAGAGGGUGCUACUGCACUUUACAUCGAGCAGUUGCGUGGGAUUCAACACAUUUCAGAUCGUGGAGCACAGCAGCUAUCAGUUGAUAUUGAGUAUCUCAGUAAUGUGCUUUCUGCUCUAUCAAUGCCAAUUCCUCCAGUUCUGGCUACAUUCCAAAGUUGUCUUUCUUCUCCAAGAAACCAACUACAAGAUCUUUUAAAGACAGAUUCAGGAAACCAUCUUGAUAUGCCAACAGCAAACCUUGUUUGUAAGAUGCGACGAGUGAAUUUGGACUCAUGAGUGUUCCUUACUAAACUUCAGCAAUCGAGCCCAUUGCACCCACUCUCUCUCCAGAUAUGUGUUUUUCCCUUGCAGAGGAGAUAUUCUUUUACAACGGCAGUGCUCACAUGCAGUUAUUCGUCGUGUAGGUAUACCUACUCUCUUUGAACUUGUAACUAGUUGCAAAAGGGAUAUAUGGUUCUUUCUUUCUCUUCCUUGUAGUAACCCUUUGUUUUGAAGCCAAUCUUCCAUGCCUUUUU